AUGUUUGUAUUUAAGAGUACAAUACCAACAGGUGUUCUCUUCCGCAAAGGCAGUGACCUCAAGCUCUCUCGUCUCAAGUUCAGACCCUCUCAAGCUCAGACUACUGCUGUUCUCAAGGUCUAUUCUUUGUUGGAGGAAUGUAUAAAAAAGAUUUGA